GCUGGCAGGAGGAGAGCGGGCGAGAGACUCGGGGCUGGGCGUCUCCGGCAGGCAAGAAGCGGGCGGAAGAGGCAGCGCAAGGCGGCGUUGUGCGCUCUGCUGCUCUGGCCCGGCGGUGGCUGGAGGCCGGCACGGGAGGCCUAUGGCCGGGCCGCUGCUCCGGAGCGGGGUGCGCCGGUGCCCCUGGCUCUGCAACGUGCUGCUCUACGGCAGCCUCUUCUCGGCCGGGGACGCGGCUCAGCAGCUGCUGCGGCGACGCCCGGGGCAGGAGCCCGACUGGGCGCAGACCCGGCACGUGGCGCUGGUGGCCCUCAGCUUCCAUGGCAACUUCAACUACGUGUGGCUGCGCGGGCUGGAGCGGGCGCUGCCCGGCCGCGCGCCCGGCGCGGUGCUGGCCAAGGUGCUGUGCGACCAGCCUGGGGCGCCUGUCGCCAUCCUGGCCUUCUACACGGGCAUGAGUAUACUUCAGGGGAAAGAGAACAUUUUUUCCGACUGUAAAAAGAAAUUCUGGAAUACAUAUAAGACUGGGCUGAUGUACUGGCCUUUUGUGCAGCUUUCAAACUUCAUUCUGGUCCCUGUUUACUUGAGAACAGCUUACACUGGGCUCUGUGGCUUUCUCUGGGCUAUCUUCAUUUGCUUUUCACAGCAGAGCGGUGAUGGCACAGCAAAGUCGGCUUUUCGGUGGUUCCAAAAAGAGAAGGUCAAUGCAGAUGGAGAACCAUCAGAGAAAUGAGAAAGUUGUUUAAUGGAGUAUUUAUUUUAAAUAGUUAAACUGUGCUUGUGAAGGUCAAUGAAUUGCACCGCCAGCAGAUUUCUGUGUUUUAAAAUGAAUCUUCAUCCCAGUGCUCAGUGGUCAUUAUAUACAGUGGAAUAGUUUGGUUUUGCACCUGUUUAUUUUCACAGAACAGAGACCCAUUGUAUAUUGGUAUUUAAUUAUUUUCAUGCUGGCAGCUAGUCUCUUCUGGGGAGCCACUUGCUUCUUACAGUGCAGUGAGAGCAUUUGCACAACAUGGUAGCCAGCCUCAUUGGGGAGAAAUAUUAGCUGUAAUUUAAUUUUAAAGCAACUUCUAAUUGCUAGAAAAGGGGGAUAGAACAUUAAAUCAACAGUGUUUAUACUUGCCAGUUAUUAUGAGAGCAAGAUUCCUUUUGCAUUCACUGGAGUUUUCUCUGAAUUGCAACCUCUGGUACUGGAUCUAUAUUUAUUCUGAGAAAAAAUUGUACUUUUUUUUAUAGAAACCGAUUAUAACAUUUUUUAAACUCUUGUCUUAGUUUGCAAUGAGAAUCUGUACAAAGACAAUAACUUAGCCUUGCAAAAUUUACCAGCCUAAGCACAAAAUGUAUUUGCUUACCCUCUACAAUGAUCAAUGACAAGGAAAAAUUAACAAUAUUUUAUGUACUUGUCUAUGUAGCCUAGUUGCCCAAGUGGAGUGAGUGAAUGGAAUUUUGCAAGGUUGAUGUAACUGUGGAAUUGUUAUUGCUGCGUGUGUAUUUAAUAUCCUCAAGAUAAUGAGGCAAUUAAAAGAUGGCUUUAUUUAUUCUGGGUUAGUACUUUUAAAAUCAACAUUAUAUUUGGAUAUUUGUGUUUCUUUUCAGUAAGAUUAAUAGUGUAUGGAGUAUGGAUGAAUGUCUAUGAUAGAGACAAUACAUACUCAAAAGCAAAUUAGAAAUAAUGUGCUCAUAUUAAUGCUUUUUGUGAUAAUUAUAUUACAAGUAGUGCUUUUAUUUUUAUUUCUGCAUGUGCCUUAAAUGUAUAGUGAUAAACAGCAUUCAUUUAGAAGAAAGGAACUUGGGAGGAGUACCAUUGCAGGGAAAAUAAGAGCUGACAUUAGGGAAAUUGACAAGGAUUUCAAGAAAGAGUAAACACAAUCUCUAUGUGAUCUGUGGUAAGAUGCCAUAUGCUGCAAUGUGGAAAGCAUUCCAUUGGUGAUCAUUUUUGAACUUUUACCAAUAAACGUGACAGCUAUCAGGAUUGCAAAUAAUAAGAAAUAAGGUUCAGUUUGAUAUCAGAUUACUAAUCCCUCCUACAGAGUUGAAAGACAACAUCAUUAGUUAUUUCCUGUUCCCUCUUUCUUUACCUUGUCAGCAUGCACAAAAUGAAAAUGUUAUUAAGAAUAUAGUUCUUGGAGAAAAAAUGAUGACUGAGAUAUAGUGUUGCUUAGCUGUGUGCUGUUAACAACAUGUCAUGUUCCACCCUUGAAGUAGCUGCAAUUCGUUAGUGGAUGAAAUGAUUCAUAUACAGUUAUAAUUGUUAGUAGAAUUUGUAAUGAGUGGAACACUCCUCUUUUAUUUUUAAAACUUUGGAUGUUUAUACAAGCCGUGCAUUAGUGCUGUAAACUUUUCUGAUGCCAGUUAUUCAGAAACUUGGCUUAAAUAGGAUUUUUGUCAGGGUAAGAACUUCAGGAUUUAUCUCCAUGUUUCUUCUGUUUGCAGUAUAUAGAAAGAUAAUUCUUUGUUCCUUUUCUCUUUUGUGUAAUCACACUGGAGCAUGUAGUUCUCAUGUUUCAGUGAAUUUAAGAAUCUAAAGUAAUCCUUUUACUCCCCCCAUUUCUCUUGAAAAGGGCUACAUAAGUAACACUAAUCUCCCUUCCUGUUCUAAAACCUCUUUGUAAUCACAAGCUUUGGCAGUUAGUAGGAGUGUUUCAGGGGUGGGAGAUGCAAAACAAUGUGGCUAUCUUGGGCCAGAUCCUCAGCUGGUGUAAAUUGGCAUAGCUCCUUUGAAGUUUUUGGAGCUCUGUCAGUGUACACCAUCUGAAGAUCUGGCCCUUUAGUUUUUGGAAAUACUAUAAUUUCUUACCAUUUUAUAGAUUAGGAGAUUCUAAUAUGACUUUUUCCUACAAAUGCACACUUGUAUUUGCCUCUUCUGCAAAGCAGGGCUAAUGAGUUGGCGAUACAGUACUUAUCAACAAGAACAUCCAAAAUAUCAAACCGUGGACCAGUAGCUGGGCAGGAUUGCCCUCGUGCCUGUUUGGAUGCAUGUUUCAUAGGUGGUCCCAGAGAGCCCACAUAAAGGAGCCACAAUAGACUUAAUGCCAACUGAACACUACACAGAAUUCACCAAAAAAGUAUGGCUAGAUAAAAGAAGUCAAGGUGGUGCUCAGCAAAAGGAGGAAGCUCUCUGCCAACAGCUAUCAGGCAUGUAUUCACAUGACACCUCCAUUUCAUGGGGUUGUUUCUAAGAUCAAAUGAGUAGAGAAGACAAAUUCUGACCAGGUGUGACAGCAACUCGGUUUUAUUCAGUGUAGCUUUGUAAUUUACACAGGUUCUGAAUUUGGCCAAAUGAGAAUUUGAAAGUCUGUUUUCCAAUUACACUAAUUUAAAAAAAAUGUACUGUCCUAAUCAUUUUGAUAUCUGAGUCACAUUCUGCUAGGAGUUCAGGCUGGUCUCUAGAAAAAGCCCAGCAGAGUUUUUCCUGCCCUGGAAAGCAGCAGUCACUGACAUUGCCCAGAACCUUAGGUUUCACAGUAUGGUGCAUGAGAAGCUGCUUGGCUCAUACAUAUACAUCACAUUGUGAUGGACACCAUCUAAGUAUAUAUAGCAUAAUAAUAAUAAUUAAUAAUAUUGGUGCCACAUUUGCAACCUGGAAAGCUUCUGCCUUCCCAUUCUCUGCUGGUAUAGCCAAUUCCUGCUUUAUGGCAAUGGGAAAAGGGGUACAAGGAAUAUUCGUAUAUUAGGAUGGGAAACAUCCAUUUUAAUUUUACUUGGAAAAUGUUUGUAUAUUUGCAGAGAAUCAGUAAACAGUAAAAGUCAUUAUUUGGACAUGGUUAUCUUUAGUGGUGUGUGUAUAAACCCAUGUUUAAAGUGAAACGUGAAAAGUUCCAUGGGACCUUUGUUGACCACAAGCGCUGAAGACCUUAGUUUUAUGUCACACCCAGAAGAUGGCACCUCCUACUGCAUGGUCCUUAUCACAAAGAGCAGAUUAUGGGAUUAUUAGGAUAAAGAUUAUUAACCCCAUUUUACAGGUGGGGAAUUUGAGUCUCAAAAGAAGAUUAAUGACAUACUAAGGGUCAUUCAGCAAUUCAGGAGCAGAGCCAGAAACAGACUCCAGAACUCCUGCCUUCAAAGCUUUAUGCUAUAGCCACUGGACUCUGCUCCCUCUCAGAUUAGAAGAAAAUAGAAAUCUGGGAUUAUUAUUAUUUUAUUAGAUAAUAAGUAAUAUAUUUCCAGACGCAAGCAUGGACAUCAGGGAGGAAAGAAAGGCAUAAAAUGAAAGCUUCAAUAGAUGUGUAAAAUAAACAUGCAAAGGGUAGUGGUGGUGUGUUAGACACUGCUAAAUUUAAUCGUUUAUUUGUGAAAUUCUUGAAGAGGAAACUGUCCAAUGGAUUUGAGGUAGUCUGAAGUAAACAACAUGUAGUACAAUGGACAACAAUUUAAACUACUUGUGCAAAUGCCUGUGGGUUUAGAAUUGGUUGUAAUCUCUCAGGAGAAAGAUCUGUAGGUCAUUGUGAACAGCUCAAUUAAAAUGCUUGCUCAAUCCAUACCAGUGAUUAAAAAAGCAAAUGAGACGAUAGAUUAUAUUAGGACAGGGACAGAAAAAUAUUUAUUUCUGUGAACCCAUUCAAAGUAGUAGAUAUUUUAUAUUAUUUUGAUAUUUAGAAAGGAAUUGUCCUCAGUGGAAACAUUUUGUGCUUCUCUGAAUGGAAAUGAAUUUUGCAAAUAAAACCAAAUCUACAAAUUUUAUAAGAUGAGGCAGAGCAACUUUCACAAAAAAGAGGUGCUGGAAUCUUCCUGUAUUUGGAGAUGUUUGUUUUGGUGCUUCAUAAUAAUACAUUAACCCUUUUCUCUAUUGGUUCUAUAGGUCAUCUGCUGCACUAUCAUCACUCCAUUGAUGUCAGUAUAGUAUUGGAGGUGCCUGGCAGAUAGAGCAGCAAAGAAAGUACAUUUCACGCCCCAUAUCUAUAAUAUAAUAUAAUAUGUACAGAUUAGCAUCAGUCAAAAAGUUCAUGUUAGUUUUUAAGAUAUACUAUGCACAGUUCAUAAAGUAGGUGAGGGCUGCUUGUGCUAAAAUCUGUGUGAAAUUCAAGCUGGAAAAGAGAAUGCAGUGAAAUAGCUUGUGCUGCUGGCAUUUUAUUAAACUGUUUAUCCAUCCUUCUUCUCAUGCAAAUUGCAUUUAUUUCUUGAAAUGUACAUCAUAAGGCUGCUGUUGAAGAAAACAAAAAGGCAAGAUUAUUAUUAGUUAGAGGUACACAUUAGAAACAGAUUUGUGGAAUAGAGUGGGCUCCUGUUCCACUUGCUUUUCACUGUUCUGGCUCUGCAAACCAGGAAGAAAGGCAGCUUAAUCAGUUAGUUGGGGAUUCCCUCAUUGCAGGUGUAUCUCCAAGGGACACAGAGCUAUGGUCCUGAGGCUUUUCUAAACUACAAUGUGGGCUGACCCCAACUGGCCCCAGGAUUAGAGAAGAAGAAAGGUAGAUUAAAGCCAUCUUUGCUCAUUCUCUCCUCAGCUGCACAGAGGCCCUGUAAAUUUAGUAUCUUAUUUUAUUUUAACAGAUUAACAGUUGUUGAUACUGUAAAUUAUUUUUGUACAUAAGCAUUAUAGAGAUGUAUCAGAUGACCAUGAUAAGGGAAUACAGUAGAGAUAAAGCUGUGUAUGUUAUAGGUUAAAACAGAAGACGAAACUCUUUGGGUCUUCAGAUGUCUUUCUAGGAUGAAGAGAAAGUGGUGCAAUCAGAUUUAGGGAACUCCCUGCUGGAAAUUUAUGAAUUGAUGGAUUAGCAGCAGCUCUGGAGAAAAUUCUUUCAGACUUCUCAGAGAUUCAGAGGCCAGAAGAGACCACUGUAAUCAUUUAGUCUGCCCUCCUGUAUAACACAGCCUAUAGAACUUCUCCAAAAUAAUUCCUAGAGUAGUGGUUCUCAACCUAUAGUCCAUAGACCACGUCUAAGGGGUAAGCGAAAGACUAAGACUGAAAACUGACUGAACAGAAUUAAAUUAUAUAUACAGACAAUAGAUUUCCAAAAAGUCCUCACCUCCAUUUGAAAAUUUUUAGGAGUCCACAAAUGAAAAAAAGUUUGAGAACCACUUCUAGAGCAUCUCUUUUAGAAAAACAUUCAAUCUUGAUAUAAAACUUGCCUGUGAUGGAGAAUCCAUCAUGACCCUUAGUAAAUUGUUCCAAUAGUUAAUUAUCCUCAGUGUUAAAAAUGUAUACCUUAUUUGACUUAUAGUGAGAGAAAUCAAGAGUCUCAAAUGAAGACAAAAAUCAAGAGAGAAAACUCAUUGCAUUUCUCCAUACUGAAAAUGGGUCAAUAAUGUACAAGAGACCAGUAUGAGAGGCUGUAUCAAACACAGUGGGGUCUUUUUUUAGUGAACUCACAUAUAGUGAAAACACCUUUUUAGGGAAGCAGAAUGGAAGUCCAAAACGGCCUCCCAUUGUAAUGUGCAAAUUCCAGUUCUGGUUCUAGUGAUCCUCUACUUAGAAUGAAGUUGUUCAGUGAGAAAUUGUUUCAAUAUAAGAGGGACCCCUGUAGUAAGUGUUUGCAAAAUGAAGUGAUUACAGUGUAACACCAAGAAGAAAAGGAGUACUUGUGGCACCUUAGAGACUAACAAAUUUAUUAGAGCAUAAGCUUUCGUGAGCUACAGCUCACUUCAUCGGAUGCAUCCGAUGAAGUGAGCUGUAGCUCACAAAAGCUUAUGCUCUAAUAAAUUUGUUAGUCUCUAAAGUGCCACAAGUACUCCUUUUCUUUUUGCGAAUACAGACUAACACGGCUGCUAAGUGUAACACCAGUGUCUAAGGAAAAAGCCAGAUUUACCUCCAGUGUAGAAUGUGUGGAAAAAUGAAGCUAGAAUGACAAAUGUGAGAAUUGGAACAUUGUUAGCGACGUAAUUACAUUGGAACUUCCAUAUAAUAAUUCUUUGCAUUUAUUUCUAUAGCAUUUUUUAAUCUGAGCUGCUCAAAGCCUUUUACGAAUGUUAAGGGGGGAAAUCCUCUUCUUAGCACCCACCCAGAAAAACUGGGCUAGGGACUGAUGAUCUUUGAGGGAACAGAGAGGAGUAAUCCUCUCCUAGAGAACCUGCCCUGAGGCCCACUUCCCAGUCUCAGGAAUAGAGUAGUCUCUGCAGCUCUUGCGGCCCACUCCAGAUGCAUGUGGGGCGGGGGAAGGAUUUGGUCAGUGACCCAAUGAUCCUGUACCCAAGAAGCUGAGCACAGUAAUACAGCUAGUCUACACUGAACAGUUUGAACUAUAUGACACACACAGUUUCCAACCCACACAAACUUCCAAAACAUGUACACACAGCACAACUACAGGGUUCAACAGCAUCUGAGACUCUUCUGCAUGUGGAGAGAUGGCAGUUUUUGCCCUGAAUUAGUUAACCCUCUGUCAAGGUUCUUUCCCUACUCUGAACUCUAGGGUACAGAUGUAGGGACCUGCAUGAAAAACCCCCUAAGCUUAUUUUUACCAGCUUAGGUUAAAACUUCCCCAAGGUACAAACUAUUUUACCUUUUGCCCUUGGACUUUAUUGCUGCCACCACCAAGCGUCUAACAAAUAUAUAACAGGGAAAGAGCCCGUUUGGAAACGUCUUUCCCCCCAAAAUCCUCCCAAACCGUACACCCCCUUUCCUGAGGAAGGCUUGAUAAACAUCCUCACCAAUUUGCAUUGGUGAACACAGUCCCAAACCCUUGGAUUUUAAGAACAAUGAAAAAGCAAUCAGGUUUUUAAAAGAAGAAUUUUAAUUGAAGAAAAAGUAAAAGAAUCACCUCUGUAAAAUCAGGAUGGUAAAUACUUUACAGGGUAAUCAGAUUCAAAACAUAGAAAAUCCCUCUAGUUACCUUAAGUCACAAAAAGACACAAAAACAGGAAUAUACAUUCCAUUCAGCAUAGCUUAUUUUAUCAGCCAUUUAAACAAAACAGAAUCUAAUGCAUAUCUAGCUAGAUUACUUACUAAGUUCUAAGACUCGAUUCCUUUUCUGUUCCCGGAAAAAACAUCAUACAGACAGAGAGAACCUUUGUUUCUUCGCCCCCCAGCUUCGCCCCCCAGUCUCCUCUUUGGUCAUUUUGGUCAGGUGCCAGCAAGGUUAUCCUAGCUUCUUAAUGCUUUAUAGGUGAAAGGGUUUUUCCUCUGGCGAGGAGGGAUUUAAAGGUGUUUACCCUUCCCUUUAUAUUUAUGUCACCCUCCCUAUGCCCUUUUCUGUCUAGUUGAUGGCUGGGGAAAUUGAGGCACAAAUGAUUUCCCCAUGAUCAUGCAGGGAGCAAUAUGGUAGAGGACACUCAUUCCCUAACUCCUAUUCCUGAGCUUUUAUCAGAAGUCCAGUUUUCCCCCUCACUGCACCUGUAUUAGUGAUGCCACAGGCUUUUUAGGUGGAGCUUUUUUCCCCUUAUUUUCACGUUUUGCACUAGUGCAUGGCUUAUGUAACAUCUUCAGUCUUUCUCUCAUCCUCGUUUAGUGGUUGAGAUUGAGGAAUCUACUUUUCUGGCAUUCCUCUAAUGCUUGUGGUGUUCUCAUCUCACCAUUACUUAAACAGCCCAAUCCUACAGCCAUAGCUCAGGCAAAACUGCCAUGUAAUUCAAUAUGUGUGGUUUGUCUGUAUUAGGAUUGCAUGCUCAGGCCCUUGAUAUAGUCUUGGUAAUGAGGAGGUUUGAUAUCUCACUCUUUGAAAUAAAUACCACAUUUACUUAUCUCAUAAAAUAUGCUCAUCUGCUUCCAUUUCAUGCAUCACAUACUUUUAUUUUCACAUUCAAAGCACAACAAGAUUGUUAGCUGUACCUGAGCUGCCAUAGUAGGCCAGUGACAUUGAUUGAAGGACUUUACAUUAAUUACAUGCUCAAUUGAAAAUGGUCACAAUACACAGUGAUGAGAGACUAGUAGAGUGUAGUAAUUACAGCUGAUGUUAUGUGGAAGUACUUGUACUGUUCCAGUGCAAUAUUUCUCUGAUUUUUUAGAAUCCUCCUUAUAGAACAAAUCAGUCACUUGGAGAUGAAUUUGUAAAUGUAUUUAGGCACUUAGUGGGAUUUUCAAAAGCUCCUAGCCCCUGACUCCCACUGGGAGCUCAAUCCUGCACAACUCCCAAUGGGAGUUAGGGGUCUUUAGGGAAAUUUCCAUUAGGUGCCUAUCUGCAUCUGUAGGUGUCUAAAUAAAUACUUUUUAAAAUCUUGCUUUUAGACAGUUGUGAAUAUCCUGAGAGACAUGGAUCACCUGUAGCUCCCACUGGCACAGAGGAGUACAGGGGCUACUUUUCAUGUCUCUUCUGGCACCAGCAUCCCAUAUGGAACAGGUAGGAGGUAGGGUGCUGCACUGGCAAAGAGAAUGGACUGGCUGCAUUUAGUGGAUCAUGUUGCACUGUCCUUGCAGAUGAUGUAGCUUGCAUAGUCCCAUAUUCACCAGGAUGUUAAGGGAGGGAAUUACAUCUUCCUUAGACCUUUGGGGGCUAUACAGUUCCAUAUUGUCCACUACUCAGCCCAGUGAAUAAAUGGUACAAUUUGACCAUCAGACUGAAGCAGGAGAUUGGAAGAUUAUAGCUGCCAUUUCAAGGUGAAGGAGAUAAGAGAAUAUUAAGUGGAAGGGACAGGCAUACCUAUUCUAUUGCAUGUGUAAAAUAGCUCUUAUACUGAAUUGGGUUUUUUUGUUGUCCUUGUAGUUUUAUUUUUUGUGGAUCAGCAACAAAAUAACAUAUCCUUCUUCUAUGCCUCUGGGCCUGUGAACGUUUUUGAGCUCUCAUGUCAGAUCAGCCCUUGUGCCGGAGAAAUGGAUGUCCACAUGCAAUUACCUUUAAUGUUUAGACUUUCUAAUGCCAAUGCAGCUAAACUCAGGCCCUAAGUGAGAUGGCAGAGUGAUACUAUUUUGGUAUGUUUUAUAUGACUUUUUAUUUUAACAUAUGUAUCUGUGUAUUAAAAUUCAAUACACUAUUGUACACUUUUGUUAGCAUGCAACCGAUCAUAUCCUAGACCCUGUAUCUUUGUGUAAUUCAGGAAUCUGGUUUUCUGUGUAUCUAUUACCACCUGUAAAGGUUCAGACUCACCCCUGUGGCGCCUCCUGCUGGUAGUCAUUGGGAAUUAGCUCAUCCAGCCACACAGCACCCUCUGCAGGCCGGUGAUCCACCUUACCGUCAGCCCCCGUGUCCCUCCCAGGACCCGGUGCCCCUUUCUCUGGGGUCCCUCUGGCAGUACCCCCACACUCUCGGGUUCUGGGUCUCCCCACCCUCUAACCCCACCUCACCUCAGUUUGGGCUAUUGCCAGUCCCCACUUAGCCCCUUGUAUUGGGGACAGACUGCAGUGUAUAUGCCACUCAUCACAGGCAAGGGGCUUUUGGACCUGCUACCCGUGGGUUGCCCCUCUGCAACCCCUGCACCUAUUUGGCCUGUAGUCAGGCCUGCAGCCUGAGGCUUUCCAGGCCAGAGCUCCCAGCUCCUGUGACUCUUCCCCAGCCCUGCUCCAAUCUGGGUGUCCUGCUCAGCACCUUGCAGCCAGGUCCUUCUCCCUCUCCAGGCAGAGGGAGACUGACUGGGCUCCUGGCUCACAGCCUCUUAUGGGGCCAGCUGGGCUUGAUUGAGCUGGCCACAGCCGCGGCUGCUCCCUUAAUGUGGCUGGGCUUUUCCCCCCGCAGCCUCAGCCCUCUCCCCGGGCUGGCCUCAGCCCUGUCAGGGCCGGAGCAGGUAAUCACACCCCUACACCACCCAACACCCAUGUAAAAACUCUGCUGCAAGAUAAUGGCUCACCUACAUGACAAGGUGCUGAAAUUGGUCCAAAGAUGGAAAAAUGUGAAUAUUAUACUGAGGACUUUAUUACCAGUACUAUUUGUAAUAUAUCCAACUUUUGGAAGUCAAGGAAAAGUAAAGAUAAUAUGAUGGCUUUUAUCGUACUGCUGUAAAAUUUACAAUCAAAGAGCAAAGUGUGACUGUAGCAUGAGUUUACUAAGAAAAAUAAAAAGUCCGAUAUCUUUUGUUGUGGUCCAAAGUACUGCCAGAUGAAACUCGGUCAUUAAUCCUCAACUGGUCUACUCACACUGUUUCUGUUCUAUCUGCCUGGACCUGCAUAUGCCCGUGUAGAUGGAAUAUCAGUUUGUACUUCUAGGGCUCCUAUAUUUUGUAUUCUGUAAUCUCACCUUCCACACAGCAGAAUGGAAGCUAAGUAAAUAGAUUUUUUU